AUGCAAACCAUUGUGCUGUUGGUGCUGUGGGUACUGGGAACAUCACUGGUGUUGCCAGACCCCGACACAGCUGGAGAGAAAGUGACCGAAGAGCCCAUUCCAUGUUCUAAAGGAUGCACCUGUCUGCAUGAUGACUACAUCUUGGAGCUCAACAUGUACUGCAGUGCUCGUAACCUCACACAAGUCCCGUCGGAGAUGCCCCCCUCUACUCAUUCCCUCUGGCUGGAUGGCAACCUGUUCACCUCCCUACCAGCGGCGUCUUUUAAGGAUCUUUCUAACCUGGACUUUUUGAAUCUGCAGAGUGGCGAGUUGGUGACACUUGACCCUCAGGCUUUCAAAGGACUUAGGUCUCUUGCACACAUUCACCUUGAGCGAAAUCACCUCCGCGUGUUACCAGGUAUAAUCUUCCAGAAUACACCUAACAUUGCUUCAAUUAGUCUACAUAAUAACCAACUCACUCGUCUUGAAGAAAGACUGUUUGCAGGACUCUCUCACACGUGGCUUCUCAACCUAGGGUGGAACUCUUUAGCGGUUAUACCUGAGACAGCUUUCCAUGACCUGCAAGGUCUACGGGAGCUUGUUCUCGCAGGGAACAGACUUGCUUACUUGCAGCCACAGCUUUUCCAAAAUCUUGCUGAGCUUAAAGAAUUGGAUCUGACUGGAAAUCAACUCAAGGUCAUCAAAGCUAAUGUGUUUGUUAAACUAACUAAACUGCAAAAGCUUUACCUGGCCCAGAAUCAGAUUGUUACAGUGGCACCCAGAGCCUUUGUAGGCAUGAAGUCACUAAGAUGGAUGGAUAUCACAAACAACAGACUGACUUCUCUCCAUGACGACACUUUUUUGGGCCUGCAUAGUCUUCAUGUGCUACGUCUUUCCAACAACUCAAUCACUGGAAUUAGGCCCAGGACUUUUCGUGAUCUGCAAUAUUUAGAAGAGCUGCGACUCAGCCACAACAGGAUCCGAGCCCUGGGGGAAAGGAUCUUUGAGGGGCUUGGUCAUCUGGAGGUCCUAGAGCUAGAGCACAACCAAGUGCAGGAUGCACAAGUAGGUAGUUUCACUGGGCUCUCUCAUGUUGCUGUCAUCAACUUGUCUGGAAGCUGCUUCCACAGUCUGCCAGACCAGAUUUUCAAAGGUCUGUCCAAGCUUCACAGUCUCCAUCUAGACAGAGGUUGCCUAGAAAGAGUCACAACUCAAGCUUUCACUGGACUCUCUGGUUUACGGAGGCUUUUCUUGCAGCACAACAACAUCUCUGUGGUAGAACGCCAGAGUUUUGCAGACCUGGUGGGCCUAUUGGGACUGGACUUGAGUUUCAACAAGUUGGAGGUUCUUACAACCCAUACAUUCUCUGGCCUAAAGAAUUUGGAAUACUUGCUGUUGUCCCACAAUGAAUGUCGCCAAUUUUUGCAGAAUGGCACAAAGCAGCUACUCCCAAGACUGCGCUAUCUGGACCUGAGAGCUAAUACCUUGACAAGCAUGGUCCCUGAUUUUCCGGAGAACAUGGAAAAACUUUUGCUCUCUUGGAACCGGUGGAAAUGCGAUUGCAGUGCCCUCCCACUCAGAAACUACAGCUUGAGAAAUCCGUCGGUGAUACCUCGGCAAGUGGAGACUCACGCAGAGGGGGAAGAGCCCGACACAACCAUCACCAUACUCAACAAUAUUACAUGCACCAGCCCACCACGUCUAGUUGGUCAGGACCUGCGAGAUAUUGACAGUGAACUCUUCCAAAGCUGCUGAACAAACACACACAGAUGUGUAAGGGGAAAUGGUUGGUGUAAUCUGGAUUAUUUUCAACAAUGUGUAUUCUUCCAGUCUCUGAUUUCAAUAUUUUAAUUGUAAUAAGAAUGGAUGAUUAAAGUUCUUGUUUUACAUUUACUAUUGAUAGAUACAUGUUGUCAUCUGGAGUCAAAAAUUGUUGUAAAACCAUGGCAUAUAGGCCUACAAUUUGAAAUGACCUUUUACAAAAUGUUAAGUGCCAAAGUAUGAAUCCCAAUUUAGUCGAUCGUUUAUGUGACUGGGCUGGUUGAACAAACCUUACUGGCAGGAAGACAUAUCUGUACAGCUAAGAAACUCAAAUGUCUUCAAGAUGUUCGUAUUACUUGGUGUAGUAAUGAUCCAAAAAAAUACACUGUUGUGAAAAUGUCUUCAACGCGACAAUAAACGUUUUAAA